AUGGGUUUCAUUAAACUCGCCAAGGCGCUGGGCGUCUUGCAACUUGCAUCUGCUGCAGCCGCAGCGACCGAGCCCAUCACGGCCAAAGGUCAGUACCUUUUCUUCAAGAAUGGGACGCAGUUCUACAUUCGCGGCGUGGCGUACCAGCAGGGCGUCAACGUCAACGGCCAGGGCGACGCGACGUCGGCAAACGUCAACGAUCCGCUCGCAGAUGAGGCCAGCUGCCGCCGAGACGCUCCGCUGCUCAGCAAACUCGGCACCAACGUCAUCCGCGUCUACGCGAUUGACCCCAAGAAAGACCAUACCACCUGCAUGAAGAUCCUCGACGAUGCUGGCAUCUACGUUAUCGCCGACCUCAGCGCCCCCGACAUUUCGGUAGAGCGUGACUCGCCCUCUUGGGACGUGUCGCUGCUUGCGAGGUACACGGGCGUCAUCGACAACCUGUCCAAGUUCCAGAACACGCUCGGCUUCUUCGCCGGUAACGAGGUCACCAACAACGCCACCAACACCCAGGCCUCGGCGUUCAUCAAGGCGGCGGUGCGUGACUCCAAGGCAUACAUCAAGAGCAAGAACCUGGGCCGCUGGUUGGGCGUUGGCUAUGCGACCAAUGACGACGCCGGCACGAGGGACAACCUGGCCAACUAUUUCAACUGCGGAAAGUCCGAGGAGUCGGUCGACUUUUGGGGCUACAACAUUUACGAAUGGUGCGGCAAGAGCACCUUCCAGGCCAGUGGCUACGAGGAGAGGACCAAGUUCUUCCAGGACUACUCCGUUCCCGUCUUCUUCUCCGAGUAUGGUUGCCAGAACCCCGGCGGUGCCGCCGCGCGUAUCUUCCAGGAGACUGGGGCCCUCUACAGCAAUGACAUGAACAAGGUCUGGUCUGGCGGCAUCGUGUACGAAUACUUCCAGGAGCAGAACGACUAUGGUCUUGUCUCCCUCUCCGGCAACUCGGUCACUACCAUGAAGGACUUUGGUGCUCUGGCCACCCAGAUCGCCCAGUCUGGCUACCCAACGGGCACUGCCAUGAACUCGUACCAGCCCACCAACACGGCACGCGCAUGCCCCGCCGUUGGUGACAAGUGGAAGGCUGCCGAGAAGCUGCCGCCGUCGCCCAACACGACGGUCUGCUCGUGCAUGUACCAGUCCCUUUCGUGCGUGCCUUCGGCCAAGAUCGCCUCGGACGCCAAGUCGGUCGGUUCGCUCUUCGGCACCGUCUGCGGCAUGGACUCCAAGGCCUGCGACGGCAUCAAGACGGACGCUUCCACCGGCACUUACGGCCUCUACUCGAUGUGCAACGCCACCGAGAAGCUGGGCAACGCGCUCAACGCCUACUACAACAACCAGGGCAAGUCCGCCAGUGCCUGCGACUUCAAGGGCCAGGCUUCAGUGGUCUCGAGCCCCAAGGCGGACAGCACCUGCACCAGCGUGCUGUCGGCCGCUAGCAGCGCAGCCGCGUCUGGCGGCAGCGGCGGCGGUAAGAACGCCGCCGGCGCUUUGAGGGUUGGCGCCGGCUGGGGUGCUGCAUUUGAUGGUGCCUUUGGCGCUGGCGUCGUCGUUUUGUCGGCGGUCGUUGGUGCUGCGGCUGUUUUGAUGUAG